UGCAGUUAUUUUUAGUGGGUAACUCAACUAAACUUUUCCUCUCCAUCAUCUUGUUCCCUUGAUUUUCUAGGCGACACAGAACAGAACCACAAAGGGUGAUUCAAUGGAAAACAUUCUGGGUCUUCUCAAACUUCGUAUCAAAAGAGGCUCAAAUCUAAAACCUUGCGAUACUCGUACCAGUGAUCCAUAUGUUGUUGUCACUAUGGCCGAACAGAAAUUGAAAACUGGUGUUUUUAAAGAUGACUGCAAUCCUGAAUGGAAUGAAGAAUUGACUCUUUAUAUCAGGGAUGUCAACAUUCUGAUACAUUUGACAGUUUGUGACAAAGACACUUUCACGGUUGACGACAAAAUGGGCGAGGCAGAAAUAGACAUAAAGCCGUAUCUUCAUUGUGUGAAGAUGGGGUUGAGCGAUCUCCCAGAUGGCCAUGUAAUCAAGAAGGUUCAACCAGAUAGGACUAACUGCCUCACUGAAGAGAGUAGCUGCGUAUGGCGAAAUGGAAAAGUCAUCCAAGAGAUGAGUUUAAGAUUGAGGAAUGUGAAGUCUGGCGAAGUAUUUGUGGAAAUUGAGUGGGUUGAUAUAACAGGUUCCAAUGGUCUAUCAGAGGUUGAGCUUUAGGAAAUAGCAGCACGACUUUGACACCUUGAACUUUGAAGGUUUAUCCGAUGCAACAAAUAAAUUCUACUGAGAAAUUGUAACUUAUGGAUCUUAAGGCUCAUAAAUAAAAGUACUUCCUCUAUGUAAAUGUAUUUGGAGUUUCUAUAUUAACUGAUUUUCCCUGUCUUUGCUCCAAGUCCAAAUCCAGUAAAGAGAAGACUUCAGACGCUGCUAA